GCAUCUUUGAUUUGUUACUCUUUUUUCUUUUUUCUCGUUGUGGUCUUUUCAGAGUCCCUUGCUCUUCACUCGUGAAGUCUUCUGGGGUUUUUUCUCAUCCUCUUGUUAACCCUUCUCAGAUCUCUCUCUCUUUCUAUCUGAAAAGAACCCCCAAAGCCAAAUAUCUCUACAAAUAUCACCGUAUACGUAUUGAUUGAUUGAUUUGAUUUGAACUCAUAUAAUCAAAGAACAAGACAAACAAUCAAAACCCAUUUGGAAAUUAGAUCUGAAAUCUCAACAAAACCAUUCACAUUCCCAUUUUCAUGGCAUCCCCAAAUCAACAAACCCCACAGUUUGAUAUGCACAAAUUCUUCAUGCCCACAACCACAGCAACCAGCCAAAACUCUUCUCCCAAUCUCAUCAUUCCUCCUCCUACAUCAAUCCCUUCUUCUUCUUAUCCUCCUCCUACUGGUACCCACUCCAACUUCCCCUUCCAAUUCCCACAGCAAUUCCACCAUGUCCCCUCGUAUGCUCCUCCCCAUGACAACCAUACCCAUAACCACCAUCACCCUCCUUCUCCUAUCUCUAAUAUGCCACCGCAGCGCUCUUUGUCGUAUCCUACGCCUCCUCUUCAACCCCAACCUCAACCUCAGCCUCAACAGCAACAGCAGCAAAACCCUUCUCCUCGCAACAAUAAUGAUCGUAGUGGGGCUGAAAUCAUGGCCCUCCUCCGCCCUCCUCCACUGCUUAAUCAAGACCCAACACCGCCACCGCCUCAGCAGCAUCAGCUUCAGCUUCAGCUUCAGCAUCAGCAUACCCCGGAAUUCAGCAACAUUGUUCCACCUCUGGGACCCAUUAGGAUGCCGAGCAGCAAGAUGCCCAAGGGCAGGCGAAUUUCGGGUGAUCAUGUGGUGUAUGAUGUGGAUGUGAGGUUGCAAGGGGAGGUUCAGCCUCAGCUUGAGGUUACCCCCAUCACUAAAUACACUUCGGAUCCUCAGCUGUGCUUGGGAAGGCAAAUUGCUGUCAAUAAAUCUUACAUUUGUUAUGGGUUGAAGCAGGGAAAUAUUAGGAUUCUUAACAUCAAUACCGCAUUGAGGUCCUUGUUUCGCACCCAAUCUCAGAGGGUCACUGACAUGGCUUUCUUCACUGAGGAUGUUCAUCUCUUAGCUAGUGUUGGCAUAGAUGGACGGAUAAAUGUCUGGAAAAUUUCUGAAGGUCCAGAUGAGGAAGAUAAGCCACAAAUUACUGGAAAGACUGUUAUUGCUGUUCAAAUAGUAGGAGAGGGGGACAUUAAAAAUCCACGAGUUUGUUGGCAUUGCUAUAAACAAGAAAUUUUGGUAGUUGGGGUUGGUAAACGUGUUCUUAGAAUUGAUACUAACAAAGUUGGAAAGACUGGAGUCUAUUCAUCAGAGGUUCCUCUUCAGUGUCCUGUUGAAAAACUGAUUGAUGGUAUCCAGUUGGUUGGUAAACAUGAUGGAGAAGUUACUGAUUUAUCAAUGUGCCAGUGGAUGACUACCCGUUUGGUUUCUGCUUCUAUGGAUGGCACGAUUAAGAUUUGGGAGGAUCUCAAGUUGGUUCCUCUUGUGGUAUUGAGACCGCAUGAUGGCCUGCCUGUUUACUCGGCUACCUUCUUGACUGCGACCAACCGACCAGAUCACAUCAUCCUUAUCACAGCGGGGCCCCAGAAUCAGGAAUUGAAAAUCUGGGUCUCAGCCAAAGAAGAAGGAUGGCUUUUACCUAGUGAUGCUGAUUCAUUGAAUUGCAACCAGACCUUAGAACUGAAGAGUUCAGCUGAACCUCGAACUGAAGAGGCAUUCUUCAAUCAAGUUGUAGCUCUGUCCCAAGUGGGUCUCCUCUUACUUGCAAAUGCGAAGAGGAAUGCCAUAUAUGCUGUACACUUGGAUUAUGGUCCUAAUCCAGCGGCAUCUCGCAUGGAUUACAUAUCAGAGUUUACUGUUACCAUGCCUAUCUUGAGUUUAACAGGGACUAGUGAUGUUUUACAUGGCCAAUGUGUUGCUCAGGUUUAUUGCGUCCAGACACAGGCUAUUCAGCAGUAUACUUUGGACUUGUGCCAGUGCUUGCCGCCACUGUUGGAGAAUGUGGGUUCAGAGAAGUCAGAUCCCAAUGUUUCACAUGAUCUAGCUAAUGUUGAAGGAGUUGCUCCUUUGGACUCACGUGGAAGCAACUUUUCUGACAUCCCUACAAGCUCUGCUUCUGUUGAUGCAGCCACUUUGCAUCAUAUUUCCUCUUCUAAUAGUCCCUCUACGCCUCCAGUUUUGACCCCUUCAGCUAGUGACACUGAGAUCACAUGUGUUACAUCAUCUCCUCUUUUCUUGACGCGCAAGGUUUUAACAGAGGUUACGGUUGCAGGAAGGCUUGAGCCAGGUCCUCCACCUGGUGACCAAAGUUUAAAUCAGCCAGUCAUUGAUUAUUCAGUUGACCAGAAAAUGGACACUAUUCACGCAAAUGUAUCAAAUGUUACUUCCUUGGAUAGUGACUCAAGGACUGAUGAGAUGAAAGGCACACAAGAUGGAAAUUCUGGCAUCCUUAAUCCGCCUAUCGUGUUUAAACACCCAACGCAUCUGAUAACUCCUUCCGAGAUUCUAAUGGGUGCUUCAUCUCCUAGUAAUAAUAAUGAUGAGGUCAAGACUGAGGUUGAAACAAAUAUUCAAGAAGUUGUUGUCAUUAAUAAUGUCAGUAAUGCAGAGGUGGAGGUUAAAGUAGUUGGUGAAACAAACUCUACUCAGAAAGAUGAAUUUGGUCACCGUGGAGAACCUAAAAACCCCAUUUCAGAAAACAAGGAAAAAUAUUUUUGUUCCCAGGCUUCAGAUCUUGGUAUUGAGAUGGCCAGGGAGUGUUGUUCCAUAUCAGCAGAAACUUAUACAAUGGAGGAACCUCAGCAAGUUGAUUUUAAUGAUGCGGCUGAGUUUCUUGCCCAAUUGUCUCAUACAAGCGAGGAAGAAGUCCAUGACUCCACAAAAGAUACAUCACGGAAAGUUUCUGAAUCAAGUAUGCCUGCAAUAGUUCAACAAUCAACAACUCCAAAUAUGAAGGGGAAGAAGCAGAAGGGGAAAAAUUCUCAAGCAACAGGUCCAUCUUCUUCUUCUCCUAGUGCUUUUAAUUCAACAGAUUCGUCCAAUGAGCCAAAUGGCACUUCAAGUCUCCCAUCUAUUGAAGUUGCCUUUCCUCAAAUUUUUGCUAUGCAGGAGAUGCUUAAUCAGAUUUCUACCCUGAGUUUGGAAACAAAUUUAGGAAGGGAAAUGGGAGGACUGAAAGCUGAAGAGCUAGUGACCACACAAAAAGAAAUGCAGAAGCAAAUGUCAAAUGUGGUUGCUGUCCCUGUUUCAAAAGAAUGUAGAAGACUAGAAGCAGCUGUAGGACGGAGCAUUGAGAAAGCUGUGAAGGCAAAUACUGAUGCAUUAUGGGCUCGUUUUCAAGAAGAGAAUGCACAAAAUGAGAAGUUAUUGCGAGAUCGCACACAGCAAAUAGCAAGUAUGAUCUCUAACUUUGUCAAUAAGGAUUUGACAGCAAUGUUAGAGAAAGCAGUGAAGAAAGAAUUGGCUUCAGUUGGGCCAGCUAUAGCUCGUUCAAUGUCUCCAGUCAUUGAGAAAACAAUAUCUUCAGCUAUUGCAGAGUCGUUCCAGAGAGGAGUAGGUGAUAAGGCAGUGAAUCAGCUGGAGAAAUCAGUUAAUUCAAAACUUGAAGCAACUGUUGCUAGGCAAAUUCAAGCACAGUUCCAAAUUUCUGGAAAACAAGCUCUCCAGGAUGCCUUGAAGGCUGGUUUGGAAGCUUCUGUGGUCCCUGCCUUUGAGAUGUCGUGCAAAGCUAUGUUUGAGCAAGUAGACUCAACCUUCCGUAAAGGGUUGGUUGAACAUACGACUACAGCUCAACAGCAUUUUGAAUCUGCACAUUCUUCAUUGGCCCUGGCUUUAAGAGAAGCCAUCAACUCUGCUUCAUCAUUGACUCAAACAUUAAGCGGGGAAUUGGCUGAAAGUCAAAGGAAGCUGGUAGCUCUUGUUGCUGCUGGUGCAAACUCGAAUGCAGCAAAUCCCUUGGUUACACAACUGAGCAAUGGACCUUUGGCUGGCCUCCGUGAAAAGGUUGAGACGCAUUUGGAUCCAACAAAAGACCUAUCAAGAUUGAUAUCCGAACACAAAUACGAUGAGGCCUUCACCAUUGCCCUGCAAAGAAGUGAUGUGUCGAUUGUAUCUUGGUUAUGUUCUCAGGUUGAUUUGUGUGGGAUCUUAGCAAUGGUUCCUCUCCCAUUAAGCCAAGGAGUAUUGCUCUCUCUCCUACAGCAGUUGGCCUGUGAUGUUAGCAAGGAUACAGCUCGAAAGCUGGUGUGGAUGACAGAUGUGGCAGCCGCCAUAAACCCAGCAGACCAUAUGAUUGCAAUGCACGUGCGGCCUAUCUUUGAUCAAGUAUCUCAGAUCCUACACCAUCAACGGAGCUCACCUACGAUCACUGGUGUUGAGCUCUCAACCAUCCGUGUUCUCUUGCAUGUCAUCAACUCCGUGCUGGUGACCUAUAAAUGAUCCUCCCUUUCCAACCAUUGUGCAAAUUAUAAUUGAGUUUUGAGGUAGUAGGAACUUUGUACAAAUCUUUGGUGGUUUUUAUGAAAGGUCUCAGGUCUCUUCCUUCUCUUUUUUUUAGGGUAUUUUGGUAGGGGUUAUUUAGAAUUAGUUUCUAGAGGCAACAGGUGCACUGCUUUCGUAUUACGUCUAAUAGUUUAGGUGCUUAGACAUUUUUCCUUUUCAGACUGACCUGUUUCGCAGUCUAAAGAAUUAAUUAUUUUGAUUUUUCUUAAA